AUGACGUCCAUUGCACCCAACCAGGGCUCGGCCGCAGGAACCACUGAAACUCGUCCUCAAGAGCCUCGACACAUGGCGGUAACUCGUGUCGCAGAAUAUUCUCACGACAGCAUCGCUGCUAGGAUGUCGACUCAUCCUGUGCCUGUCAACGAAACCCACGAUCAGGGCAUUGCAAACCUGAACAACGACAUGGCUCAGUAUCGGAACACGGGCUACAGCGUCAAGCCUACGUCCGAUCUGGUUGGAACUGGUUCGAAGUUCGAGUGA